CUGGAGUCGCAGGAACUUCAGCACCUACGGGGCGGACAGCUCCAGCUCCACCUGAGGACCUGAGUCCCGGCCGCCCGAGCCCUUCGGAGCCCGAGCGCUCCCGGGUGCGAGCUUGCGGUACUCGGCCUGCGUGCACCCGUCCACCUGGCUCUUCCUGUUUGUACUCCCUUUCAUUCACAGCAAAAGCUCCAGCCUCGGGAUCGGGCGCCGAGCGGGCAAGAAUGGGGCUCCUCUGGACCGGCUCCUGGCUUCUGGUGCUGGUGCUCUAUGCCAGCCCCACGCAAGCUUUCCCCAAGCCGGGAGGCAGCCAAGACAAGUCUGUACAUAAUAGAGAAUUAAGUGCCGAAAGACCUUUGAAUGAACAGAUUGCAGAGGCAGAAGCAGAUAACAUUAAAAAAACAUACUCUCCCGAAAACAACGCAGGGGGAAGCAAUCGUUCCUUUGCUGAUAACUUGAACCUACUGAAGGCAAUAGCAGAGAAACAAAAAAUUGAGAAAGAAAAACAAUCGGUAAGAAGCUCCCCUUAUGAUAAUAAGUUGAAUGUGGAAGAUAUUGAUUCAACCAAGAAUCGAAGACUAAUUGAUGAUUAUGAUUCUACUAAAAGUGGACUGGACCAUAAAUUUCAAGAUGAUCCCGAUGGUCUUCAUCAACUAGACGGGACCCCUCUCACCGCUGACGACAUUGUUCAAAAAAUCGCUACCAGGAUCUAUGAGGAAAACGACAGAGGAGUAUUUGACAAGAUUGUUUCUAAACUACUGAAUCUUGGCCUGAUUACAGAAAGCCAGGCGCACACACUAGAAGAUGAAGUAGCAGAAGUUUUACAGAAAUUAAUCUCAAAGGAAGCCAACAAUUAUGAGGAGGAGCCCAGUAAACCCACAAGCAGAACUGAGAGCCAGACUGGAAAAAUACCAGAGAAAGUGACUCCACCGGCAACCGUUCAAGAUGGUUUUACUAAUGGAGACAAUGAUGAAACAGUAGCUAACACCUUAACCUUGGCGACUGGCUUGGAAAGAAGAACUCAACCCUACAGAGAAGAUACUUUUGAGGAACUCCAAUAUUUCCCAAACUUCUAUGCAUUACUGAAAAGCAUUGAUUCAGAAAAAGAGGCAAAAGAGAAAGAAACACUGAUAACUAUCAUGAAAACAUUGAUCGACUUUGUGAAGAUGAUGGUAAAAUAUGGCACAAUAUCUCCUGAAGAAGGCGUUUCCUACCUGGAAAACUUGGAUGAAACGAUUGCUCUUCAGACCAAGAACAAGCUAGAAAAAAAUGCUACUGAUAAUAGAACUAAGCUUUUCCCAGCACCGUCUGAGAAGAGCCAUGAAGAGACAGACAGCACCAAGGAGGAAGCAGCAAAGAUGGAGAAGGAAUACGGAACCUUGAAGGAUUCCACAAAAGAUGACGACGUCAACCCCGGGGCGAAGGCCGAAGAGCCCAAAGGGAAAACAGAAGCCUAUUUGGAAGCCAUCAGGAAAAAUAUCGACUGGUUGAAGAAGCAUGACAAAAAAGGAAAUAAAGAAGAUUAUGACCUUUCGAAGAUGAGGGACUUCAUCACCCAGCAGGCCGAUGCUUAUGUGGAGAAAGGCAUUCUUGAUCCAGAAGAGGCCGAAGCCAUCAAGCGCAUCUACAGCAGCCUGUAAAAAUGGCAAAGGAGCCGGGAGUCUCGACUGUUUCAGAAACCAUAGUGCAGCUUCUGAAACACCUCUACUUAGGUGAUUAAAGUUAUCUUGACCUAAAGAUUAUUAAAGUGCUCAAUUUAUAGUCAUUCACCUUUUAGAAGUGGUUGAAACCUCGCUUUCUUGCCGUCAACACUAUCUGAGAAGUAAAGUUGUGUGUAAGCUGAA